CACGCAAGCCAUCAGCUACUCCUUAAAAUAAAACUGCUGCAGAACAGCAGCAACGACUGAAGCGGGAAGGAACCACCAAUUUCUACCAAAAAGAACAGGCCUGAUUGCUUGCCAGGAUGUCAGACAGAACACCAUUGGAAACAGACAUGUUAACCCUUAACCGAUAUGUUAUGGAGAAGGGACGACGGGUUAAAGGUGCGACAGGGGAACUUACUCAGCUGUUGAACUCGAUGUUGACUGCUAUAAAGGCCAUCUCUUCGACAGUCCGAAAAGCGGGCCUUGCUCACAUGUAUGGAAUAGCAGGCACUGUGAACGUGACUGGUGAUGAACAGAAGAAGCUUGAUGUGUUAUCCAAUUCUCUGGUUAUCAACAUGCUGCAGUCCUCCUAUAGUACUUGUGUUCUGGUUUCAGAGGAAAAUAAAGAAGCUAUUAUCACUCCCAAAGAGAAAAGGGGUAAAUAUGUGGUAUGCUUUGAUCCACUUGAUGGCUCGUCCAAUAUAGACUGCUUAGCUUCAAUAGGAACCAUCUUUGCUAUCUACAAGAAGACAUCAGAAGAGGAACCCUCUGAAAAAGAUGCCUUCCAACCUGGACGCAACAUUGUCGCUGCAGGAUAUGCCUUGUACGGCAGUGCUACACUGGUGGCUCUUUCUACGGGGCAAGGAGUGGACUGCUUCAUGCUGGAUCCGGCUCUUGGUGAGUUCAUUUUGGUGGAAAAAGAUGUGAAAAUCAAGAAGAAAGGGAAAAUUUACAGCCUUAAUGAGGGCUACGCCAAGUACUUUGAUCCUGCCAUGACAGAGUAUUUGCAGAAGAAGAAAUUUCCAGAGGAUGGUAGUUCUCCUUAUGCUUCCAGAUAUGUAGGCUCCAUGGUGGCUGAUGUUCACCGUACUCUUGUAUAUGGUGGGAUCUUUAUGUACCCUGCUAAUCAGAAGAGUCCAAAAGGAAAGCUCCGGCUUCUCUAUGAGUGCAAUCCCAUGGCAUUCAUCAUUGAGCAGGCAGGAGGAAUGGCUACCACAGGAACAGAAGCAGUGCUGGAUGUGAAGCCAGAGUCGAUUCACCAAAGAGUCCCUUUUAUCCUUGGCUCUCCAGAGGAUGUUCAGGAAUACCUUGACUGUGUACAGAAACACCAGAAAAGUAGCUAGUAGUCAUCAGAAGGUUCCCAUCUGGCUGUUCCAUAACCCACAUGAGAAAAGCUUGGAAUACAGAAAUGAGAAAAAUUUCACCCAGUUGUCAGUAAUAGGAAUUGUCACUUCUUGUUUGUUUUUCCAGUUCCCUUUCUGCCAGCAUAAAAUAUAAGACUUCUAGUCUCAUUUUCUGUAAUACAAGAAUGAAAACAAAGUUUAAUUGGUAACAAUUUCUCUCCUUUCCCCAAAUAAAACAUUUUAACAGCCGGGGUCAACCUUACAUCUUGCAUCAGUUCUCCUAAUUUUCUGCUGCACAUGUUUCUUUCCCAGUAGACCACAUUACACCACCAGUCU